AUGACUACUCAAGUCACGCCGUCCAAACAGGCAGCUGCAAGCCUGGAGACCCUCAAGAUGAAGGACAGCCCUGUCAAGAAGCUCGACUUCAACGCCGACAAUAAGGAAAACAUGCUCGAGGCCGUUGACUCUGUUGCUCCAUCAGAUCUUACCACCACAAAACCUACUGCAGAAAUCAAGGCCACUCCAGCACCUACACCAGUUGUAAAGACAAUCAAGGAGCUAGAAGCUGAUGAACCCCUCCUGAGAGAGAAUCCGCAUCGAUUUGUUCUCUUCCCUUUGCAGUAUCAUGAGAUUUGGAACAUGUACAAGCGAGCAGAGGCUUCAUUCUGGACAGCCGAGGAAGUUGAUCUGUCCAAGGAUCUUCAUGAUUGGCACAACCGCUUGAACGAUGAUGAGCGGUACUUCAUCUCUCACGUUCUGGCCUUCUUCGCCGCCUCCGAUGGCAUUGUCAAUGAAAAUCUUCUUGAACGCUUCAGCACUGAGGUUCAAGUCCCAGAGGCUCGGUGCUUCUAUGGAUUUCAAUGUGCCAUGGAGAACAUCCAUUCAGAAAUGUACAGCUUGCUCAUCGAUACUUACAUCAACGACCCCAAGCAAAAGACUUAUCUUUUCGAUGCUAUUGACACAAUUCCGUGCAUCCGCAAGAAAGCCGACUGGGCCAUGAAGUGGAUCUCAGACAAGCAGUCCUCGUUUGCACAGCGUCUUGUCGCCUUCGCCGCUGUUGAGGGUAUCUUCUUCUCAGGCUCCUUCGCCUCGAUCUUCUGGCUGAAGAGCAAGGGACUGAUGCCCGGACUGACCUUCUCCAACGAACUCAUCUCACGCGACGAGGGCAUGCACACAGACUUUGCUUGCCUCCUGCUACAGCAUCUCAACCACAAACCAGACCCGAAGCUCAUUGAGCGAAUUAUCACAGAAGCAGUCGAGAUCGAGAAGGAAUUCCUGACAGAUGCCCUUCCCGUAGCACUGCUCGGAAUGAACUCAAAGCUCAUGCAGCAAUACAUUGAGUUCGUCGCUGACCGCCUCCUACUCGCCAUGGGCAACAAGCGAUUUUACAAUUCCCAGAACCCAUUCAGCUUUAUGGAGAACAUCUCACUCGCAGGCAAGACCAACUUCUUCGAGAAGCGUGUUGGAGACUACCAGAAGGCGGGUGUCAUGUCCGGUACGAAGAAGCAAGAAGAGAAGUCCACGUCGCCCGGCGAGGAAAAGACCGAAAGCGACAGCAACGGUAUCAACUUUGAUGAAGAUUUCUAG